AUGGCUUUAUAUGUCUACAAGGAUCUGCUGUAUAAAGAGGCAUUGAAGAAAAAUCAAGUGGGAAAAAAGGAAAUGGCCGACAACGAUGCACCGCCCGCCGAUGAAAGAGCCCAGGAAGCCUAUGAAGAACAGAAUGUCCAUGAGGUAUAUCAGCAAAUAGCAGAGCAUUUCUCGUCUACCAGAUACAAGGUCUGUCUAUCUUAUUCUCUAUUUAUUUAUAUAAGGGGACUGGUCUCACUCGUAUAUCAGCCGUGGCCUAUUGUGGAACGCUUCCUCAAAGAGUUAUCGCCCGGCUCCAUCGGGCUCGAUGUGGGAUGCGGCAAUGGCAAGUACUUGACGGUCAAUAAGGAUAUCUUUAUCAUUGCUUCAGAUCGAUCUGAAAAUCUUGUCCGUAUUGCUGUAAACCAUCAGCCACAUUCCCCCAUCGUAGCUGAUAUCCUCCAUCUACCACACCUCGACGCUUCUUUUGACUUUGCCAUAUCAAUUGCUGUGGUUCAUCAUUUAUCAUCACCGGAGCGACGGAUUCAGGCAAUUAUGGAAAUCCUGCGCACACUGAAGCCUGCUUCCGAAAACCACCCGGGUGGGAAAGCCCUGAUAUAUGUCUGGGCGCUUGAACAGAAGAACAGCCGGAGAGGCUGGGAUAAAGGGGACAAACAGGAUGUGAUGGUUCCCUGGGUCUUGAGAAACAGCUUAUCCAAGGGCGGCUCCAGCGAUGCGCCCAAAACGUUCCAUCGAUAUUAUCACCUCUAUGAGGAAUUCGAACUCGAGCGGGACAUCAGGCAAGCAGGGGGGCGAGUCCUGGAGUCGGGGUAUGAGAAAGACAACUGGUGGGCAAUUGCGACGCCGUCAAACGAGUAG